GAGAUAAAUAACCGCAACGCAACGUGUGUAUCGCGAUUUUUUCAAUACCGGCUAUUAUUUAAAGAAUCCUGGCAAAAUUAUUAAAUUUAAUUUAAUAAUUCAAUAUAACUACAAACUUCAAAAUUGCAUCAUUAUUAUUAGCUCUUGAAUAUAUUGUACAAAAUGGAGGCUCCCAUCCCAUCAAUAGUGUUGUGCUUUGUUUUAAUUAUGACUUUUCCUAAUUCGGUAAACGGCGGUAGCCCUAAGGGUAGCCCUUUCAAACCUAUAGAAUUCGACUGGAUCAAGUUAUUGGAACAUACAGGAUUUAUUUUAUUUGUUUUUUUAUUUUUCGUAAUGUUUGUAAUAUGUUGGUAUGUGAAGUGUUGUUACGAGCCAUCCAGAUUAGAACCACCAAUUAUUGAAACUGAUGAAAAAUCCGUCUAUGAUCGGACAUCAAUGAUGACUUCCACGAGAGUAGUUACAGGAAUCUCAUCCUUCUUUCAGUCUCGACACAUGAAACUUAUCUCAAAGUGCAUUAAAAAGCAGAUAGGAAGCAUACCUAAAAAGCAGCACUGGUCACUGAUUACGUCAGCAAAAUAGUCUACGUGGAUAACAUAUAUAGUCGUCUUUGGGUGAACAAAUAAAAUUGGUCUAUUAAUGAAUCGAAAGACGCCAAUACGAUCUCCUGUCUCCUGAAGAUUUUCUUAUCGUCGAGAAGGAACCAUGAUUAAUGAGUAAAGGCUACUUUCAAUGAUUGGCUACUUCUACAACAAAUAGCAAAUGUUGACUUUGUUCAACAAAUUAUGAAAGAUAAUAAUUCCAGCAUCUUUGAUUUAGCCCAUCUGCCUUCAAGUGAUCAAAUUUUAAAUGUGAUAUUAGAUUCUUAACAUUUAGUUCGAUAAACAAAUGUUGUGUUAUCCGCCCGUGGAACUAUAAGUGAUUUAAUUGCGGUUUUUAACAAGCGCUUCUCAAUUUUGGGGAAAAUGUUUCCUUGUCCAUUUCACGAAACAUACUUCAAAUCUUCCUAUGUGCAAAAAGUCGUAGAUAACUUUUAAAUAGAUAAGAGGUUACCUAGCUAUCUACAUAGCCACAAGUCAAAAAUAAUGAGCACGACUAAUGAAUCAUCAUUUAUCUUAUGUUUUUGAGGACAUGAGAUUGCAAAAAAAUGUAGGUAUACUAGUUACCCACUUUAUUCCAUUAAAAUAUUAUAAAAAUUGCAUAUUAUACCUUAUUGCACUUAUCUUUUUGAGUUUUUAUGGAAAUCUUACUAUCGAUACAGUUUGAACAAAAGAAAUUUUUGUAGUGUGAUGAGCAUGAUGCGCUUAAAAACUUUCUUAUACAUUUUUUGUUUAAUACUAAACUUUCAUGAAACAUUUUGUUUGGUUGUACAAAUUGUGAAAGAUAUCUAAUCCCUAAUUAUUUCUAAAUUAUAUUUGUAAUAAAGAACUCAUUAACUUUUUUAAAGGUUAAACAUUACUUGCCAAUAAACGAAGCAUAAUGUAUUAAUUUGGAUGGAACAUUGGGUUGAAAUAAUUGCAAUACCGUUAUUUUCGGUUCUCAGACCUUUGUGGAAACAUUUUCCCUAAAGCAAUCGUGAUCGCGAGUGAAAGAAGGAUGAUGCUAGUGCAUAAUGGACCGUAUUUUUCCAUCUUUUUUGUACGUAUUGUGUAUAAGGACAAUGAAUUCCUGUACUUCUUGUUAUCAUUAGUAACAAAACUUUUGCAAGCUGCAAAGCCAAAAUAAACCCUAUUGUUGUAAUGAAGUGUAUUUUGCAGAUGUAGCUUAUGUUAGAUGCAAAACAUAUAAGUACCUAUACAUACUUGAAAAAUUCGUAAUUUCUCGUGUAUAAAACUUUGUCAAGCUAAAUAGGUAUACGUACCAAAAAUUUAAGUUUAGCAUUCAAUAAGCCGUUUCAACUAAAUAUAUACAUUUAGACUGUGAGAUAGGGGCUGUUUAGUGGAGUCAUUUUUUUUUGUCUGGCAUUUUGAGGGCUGAAUGUGACUCCUAUUAAGCUGAUCAGAUUACGGAUGAUUUUAAUGCCGGCCUCUCGUUCGAAAAUUUGCAGAAAAAAAAAUUGAUUUACAUGAAGAAUUUUUUUUUAACGGUCUCAAAUUUUCUGGCUUUUAAAUAAAAGAUUGACAUUGAUAAAUAAUUCACCCAUGAAAAAUAUCAGAUGCUUUUCAAUAGCUGAAAAAAUGGGGAUGGGUGUCAACUUACAAGAGAAAAGAAAAGAACCUUCCGCGUUUACUUUUUGUCUGGCAAUCGAGAGAAUGAAAUGUUUUGUUGUGAAAAUAACGCUGAAAAAUCGCCAGACGGUAAUCACAGUUCGAAAUCGAGUUUUCCGGCGAAACAUUCUGUGGACAUUUCGAACAGGAGGCAGGCAUUAAAACCACUUAUAUUCUCAUCAGCUAAUAAACUAGUCACAUUCUUCCCUCAAAAUGCCAGACAAAAAAAAUGACUCCACUAAACAGGCCCUAUCUUAGGGUCUAAUUCUUUACACGUCUGGAUUCUGGUUUUAUAACCGUUAUUGAGAUAAAAAUAUAUCAUUUGAAAACACGAGAAACUAUCAGAAUCCUGAUGUGAAGAUAUCUUUAAGCUGAAUAGCCAGAAGUCACGUUAUUACCAUUAGAAUUCAGUAGGGUUACCAUAGUAUGACAAUAUUUUUGAUGAAUAUAUUAUUAUUAUUGAAGAUUUAUAAAAAUUGAGGAAACUGAAUAAGGAGAAUCAAAUCGCGAUGUUUGUAUUGUACCGGUUGUAAAUUGCACGUGCGAUUGAGAAUAUUAUUAGACUACUCCUUGAUGGGUAACACCUUGCCCUUAUGUUCACAAUGUUACCCACAAUGCCCAUGUCGCACUUGUAAUGUACCUACUGGAAGACAUGGUGAGGGUUAGAAUCCGUCUUGUUCCACGCUAGCAGUACAGAACGAAAUUUAAGUUAAGGACUUAGAGUUUAAAAAAAUAUGUAAUGACCAGUAAUAAUAAGACUUUGUAAUUAAAUGUAAGCAUAAAUAAAGAAACAAUUUAUUAGAAGAAAUAAUGUUUGCACAAGCCACGGCAAAGGAACCUCCUGGGUAUUAAUACCCACAAACAGGAACGAACCAACACCUGAGUCAAACAAGGCGCGCAGUGGCUUUUGGACACAUUAUGAACUGAAGGACAAUCACUUUUUCGCACACAUGUAUUGGGGCGUCUUCGGUCUCCUUCAGAGACCGGUGAUGGGACUUGGGUGGAGGGACCCCCCUUCAGUUCUUCUUCUUCUUGUAAUGUACCUAAAUAACAACUAUAAAAAUCUGAAGAAGUUGGAAAAUAGCAAAACUGAUAAUUUAAUCAAAUUAUCAUCAAUCAACGCUACCAUUUGUAAUCAAAUACAUUUUUGUAGUUAUACGUUUAUAUUAGGCUGUCAUGACUAAACUUUUAACUUUUACCAAUAUCGCACCCCGCACUUGUAAUUAACCAGGGAUGUGCCGUAGACUAUGAAAUCUACUUUACGCGGUUUGUCUACUCAUUGUCUACGUGUUGUUUACAUCCACUUUUUUCCAUGUGGACUAUGUAAACUAUGUAGACAAUGUAGACAACAGAGAAAAUUUGAAAUUUGAGUAUUUUUUUUGAAAGUUUGCAUUAAUUAAUAUUACAAAGCAAAAAACAAAACAAAGCAAAAACAGAAACAUAACCUCAAAGGCCUGCCAACUGUCAAAAAUUGUAUACUUUACGUACUUUACGCGUUGUCUACAUAUUUUACACGUUGUCUACAUAGAUUACAUAGUUUACAUUGUUUACGCGUAGAUGCCCAUCUCUGUAAUUAACUAUUACCUAGAAGUUUAGUAGGCAUCAAGUUUCAAAAAAAUACCAAUACUUGGAGUGAAUAGAGUCAGCAUGGUUCUUUGUUUUUUUGUAGUGCGGGCUACAAGAUAUAUCUGCCUUACUGGUGUGAGUGAGCGUUUUCACUAUUGUGAAGGGUUUGAAGGUAUAUACCCACUUAAUGUCUGCUGAGUCUUUUCUUCUAAGUCUCUUUAUUCUUUGUGUUCAAGCAUAUUUCGAAUAAGCAUAUUAUAAUUCCUUUUUUAAUUUACCAGUAGGUACUUACAUUUUCGGCUUCCGACUAGGCCUCAAUGGUUCAUAUAUCUCGAGCAUUUCAAUGUCCUGUGUGAUAGAGUAUCACCGUGCUGUUCAGUGUCGUGUACAAAAAAAACACCCUUCGCUCUGUCUCUGUGAACUGCCUUUUUUAUCUAUCCAUUCAGGUUCUUACACCUGUUGGAUGGCAUCUCAUUGAAAUCCUUCUCAUGGUCCAGUGGGAACUGGAUUUCCUUCAUCAGUUUAAUCGUUUCGACGAUAUAGCGAUUAUUUCUUGUAGCACUACGGUUUUUAACAGAACCUACUCAUUAUGCUUCUUUUCAAUCUUUCAAAAGAGACGAGUGAGAACUCGGGAGCACUCACUCCAUUGCUCUAUUGUCACGAUGGCCCUUAUUACUUUCUUUCAACUAUCCAUCUCAUUACUUUUGCUGUUGGUUAAUAUGAAACAAAUUUAUUUUAAUCAAACCUAUCAACGAAAAAAAAUUGUUUAUUUUCUUGUUUAAUUUCAAUUGUGCUUGAUCGAUCAUAGUUUAUGCAGAUAUUUCUUUAAACAAUCCAUUAUUGUAAUAUUUAUUUUCUAAUCAUAACAGUAUUUUAUUUAAAAUAGUGAAGAGAAAAACUUUGGAAUCAACUCAGAGUGCUCAGGCACGGCAUUUUAUCGACUUCUUAAUAUGCAGUUAACAUUAAGAAAAAGUCUACUCAACUUCUAAACAAAACCCCAUGGUACUUACCUAAAAUUGCCAUGGGUAAGCAAUGAAGGCAAUGAAGCCCUUUCCAUUAUCUUGGAGAGCUUGCUACUCCAGGAAGAUUAAACGAAAUUGUUUGAUAUUAAAGCUGAUCCAAACUUCCGCUGUUGAACUAUUAUGUAUCCAACAUCCAACAAAUAUCUCAAUGAAAGAAAUUGGAAAUUUGGAGAUCUGUUGAUUAGAGAAGACCAUAUUAUAGUUUAUUGAAAUUCAAAAAACUCAUCACCAGGAAACCAUCUUAGCAACACAUGUGAAUAUACAUACCUACCUAGAAAGAAAUAUUCAUCACGUACCUAUUCAACAUACUGUAAGAGCUUAUUACGUAACUCAUUUUAGCCUGUUUGAGUUACCUACGUGAUAAGUUGUAUUAUCGUACUAAUGAUGUAAUGAGCUCAAUACGUAACUAAUUUUUAUUGAAAAACGGCACUUUUUAAAAUUCAUUUAUUCGAAAUUGUAAUUGUGAAAAAUUGGAACCAUUUCGAAUACUUAGAAAAUAAUCUGGAUUGUACAUAAAAUGUUGUAUAUCACACGUACGGUAAUGCUCAUUACACCACUCGUACGAUUACCACGACUCGGUCUACGACCUCGUCUUGGCAAUAUUCCCCACUAGUUACUGUUAUGAAGCUCAUACCGUACUAGUAAUAUAAAUAACUAUUAGGUAAUGACGUAUAUUAUUGUUAUGUAAAGUUUUGUAAUAUCUAGUGCCAUAUCAUAUUACACUUUUCAUUCUAAAAUAACUGUUGUAAGUAUUAUUAUUUUUUUCAAUUUACAAAACUUUAAAUUAUAAUCUUUAUGAGUGGGUAUUUACUUGUCAAAUCAAGGCAGCUGAUACAUUUUGCAUCAAAACUUCAUUAUUAUUCUUAACCAAUGUUAAAUUUUUAUGGAAUACUUAUGCCAAAGAAAAUACUUAGGUUUGAAGAAAAGACAGUAUUGAAAAUCCCAAAAAUUCUUUAAUUUAUAUACCACCGGUUUCGAAGCUUCAACGCUUCAUCUUCAGGCAUAAAAGACUAAAAUUGAAAAGUACCUACCAAAUGAGCACAGGUUGCAUUAUUUUCACUAAAUCCCUGGAAUUUUUUGGACUAAAAUAUCAACCGACCUUCCUGUUUUUAGACAUGAGUAUAGCACUCGAAGGAGUAACAUCCCUUAUUGACAAGUUUGCCUAAUCCUCAGGUAUUGUUCCUCCGAAUCGACCUGAUUUUGACAACUCUCACUAUUAUAUUAAAUACUUAUGUAAGUUACAGUUUUUAGAUAUUAAGAUUAAUAUAACCAGGUUUAGCGGUAGAUUGAUUUAGUGAAAAUAAUGCAACUUGUGCUCAUUUGGUACUUUUCAAUUUUAGUCUUUUAUGCCUGAAGAUGAAGCGUUGAAGCUUCGGAACCGGUAGUAUAUAAAUUAAAGAAUUUUUGGGAUUUUCAAGACUGUUUUUUCUUCAAACCUAUCAUCUGCCCAAAAAAUGGACCACAUACAAUCCUUAAAGUAUACUUACCUUACUACUUAUAUAUAAAGUUCGCCUUACGAGUCUAGCACUAUGGAAAGAAUGCGGUUAAAAAAAUUGCAAUAUUGCCUAUUUGACUUCCAAUAGAAAAUAAAGUUCGUUCCACCAGGGUUCAUACUUGACCUUGAAACUUGAAUAAAAAGGGUUGUCGUAGAUUAAUUUAUAUGACAAAUUGAAAUGAAUGACUUCUGGUUUAAGAACCGACGAACGUUUUUGACGUCAUUGAUUUGUUUCAGUCAAUUUUUAUUUGUUAAACAAGGAAGGCAAAUGCUGGUGGGAAGUACAAACCCUGGUGAAACAAACUUUACCUUAUUAUUUAUCUAUGUUACUCACCUACAUUUAUAUAAGGAAAAAAUAAUAUUUAAAAACGUUGCGCGCAUGCCUAUGACAGGCAGCAUAAAGCUCGAAAUGAAUGGCGUUAUUCCCCCUUGCCCUUCAGAGGUCGUAGUGCUAAACUCGUAAGGCGAACUAUACAUACCUAUAUUAUAUACAAAUUCAAUUUCAAAUUAACCCAAUCUAUACAUAUUAAUUUUUGUUUUUUCUAUAAUGCCUGAAACGAAACUGGCAGAGGAAAAUUUGAAAUUCUGUUCAAAUUAUUUGGUUUUAUUUAAAAUUUCAUAGUUUCAUUAAUGCAUUCCUUAUUGUUUGACUAGAAUCAAAGUUUACGUAGAAUGUAGAAAAUAAUUACCUAAGUUUUAUUAUGAAAUUUAAAGGCUGUUUAAAUAGGCUGUGCAUAAACAUAAUUUAAAUAUUCUGUAGGAACAUAGGUAUUAUUGUAGUUAAACUAUUCGAAUCUCUCAAUUAUGUUUAAAAAACAUUUAAUUUGUGUUUGUUAUUUUAAAUUUAUUGUAGGUAUUGCUGUCUAUUGUCUACUCCAGAGAAUAAUUGUGCUUAUACUAAAUAAUUUAAAUUUGUUAUCUAGUGAGUACUUAGGUACCAUCGUCACCAAAAGUAACUGGGACAGCAUCCUAUUAGCUCUUGUACUAUCAUAUGAAUUUUAUUGUCAAAUAUUUGUCAAAUUAUGAAUUGACCUUUUGUUUGGACGCCAUAUUGCGGUGCGCGAACAUAGUUGCCAACAGUAGAAAAAAAAAAUAACUAGCGUUCUGUCAAAAUCCAAAGUUAGUGAAUAAAUUACAUUUAAAAUUUAAAUUUGCCGCCUAUUACGAAUGUUUUUGGAAAGAAAAGCCAUCAAUUGUAGCUUUUAUUGGGCAGAAUAGAAAUAAUAAAAUAUCUAGUUGACAGCCCGCUAGUAAUUUUUGGUUUUCUUGUUUUGGCAACUAUGUUCGCGCACCGCAAUAUGGCGUCGAAACAAAAGGUCAAUUAAAUGCAUUGAAAUGAAUGACAUUAGAAUUAGUCCAGGAGAUUAUUAUGCAUUAUUUUUGUCCCAGAUACUUUUGGUGACGAUGGUACUUCAAAAUUACCAAUAAAUUCUGGAAAAAAGGUGUCGCUACGAAAACCACAUGCUUUUUUUUUGCUUUUUUUUAGAAUUACAUAUCUAUAACAAAUCGAUUUUUUUUUUAUUUACUGGUAAAUUUCAGUGUACGAGUGGAUGUAUUUUGGUGUACAACUAUAGCAUAAAUGAAAUAUAGAAGCAGCUAACCAAUCU